AUGGCUCACGCCUCGCCCCUGACCCAGGCUCAGCCGGCUGGCCCAGAGGCCGUGGAGACGGUGCCCCCGGCCGUGGACCUGGUGCUGGGUGCCUCGGCCUGCUGCCUGGCCUGCGUGUUCACCAACCCCCUGGAGGUGGUGAAGACGCGGCUGCAGCUGCAGGGGGAGCUGCAAGCCCGGGGCACCUACCCGCGGCCCUACCGGGGUCUCAUGGCCUCUGUGGCUGCUGUGGCCCGGGCUGAUGGGCUGAGGGGCCUGCAGAAGGGGCUGGCCGCCGGCCUCCUCUACCAGGGCCUCAUGAACGGUGUCCGCUUCUACUGCUACGGCCUGGCAGGCCAAGCUGGCCUCACCCAGCAGCCAGGUGGCAUCGUGGUCGCUGGCGCCGUGGCUGGGGCACUGGGAGCCUUCGUGGGGAGCCCUGCCUACCUGGUCAAGACACAGCUGCAGGCGCAGACGGUGGCUGCGAUGGCAGUGGGGCAUCAGCACCAGCACCAGAGUGUCCUGGGUGCCUUGGAGACCAUCUGGCGGCAGCAGGGCCUGCUGGGGCUGUGGCGGGGCGUGGGGGGGGCUGUGCCCCGAGUGAUGGUGGGCUCGGCCGCCCAGCUGGCCACCUUUGCCUCCGCCAAGGCCUGGGUGCAGGAGCAGCAGUGGCUCCCAGAGGACAGCUGGCUGGUGGCCCUGGCUGGAGGCAUGAUCAGCAGCGUAGCGGUGGCUGCUGUUAUGACCCCCUUGGACGUGGUCAGCACGCGGCUGUACAAUCAGCCUGUGGAUGGAGCUGGCAGGGGCCAGCUCUAUGGUGGCCUCGCGGAUUGCCUGGUGAAGAUCUGUCAACAGGAGGGACCCUUGGCGCUCUACAAGGGCCUGGGCCCUGCCUAUCUGCGCCUGGGUCCCCACACCAUCCUCAGCAUGCUCUUCUGGGAUGAGCUGCGGAAACUGGCCCGGCGGGGGGCCCAACACCAGGGCACCUAGGCCUUGUCCCUCACCCCACAGCCUGGCACAGUUUGGCACUUGGCCAGAAGUGAUGUCCUUCCUCCAUGAGACCGGCCAUCCCAGAGUAGACCACAGGCCUGGCCCUGCCACAGGUGGGGGCAGCGUGUGGACAACAGUGGCCAACCCAGCCCACCCUGAGCAUCCACUCAGAGUGGCCCCUGUCCUUCUCUCUGAGUCCUGGCUGAAUGACCUGGGUGAGCAGCACCGAGCCGAGGGACCGAACUGUCUCGGCCCCUGGGUCCCCAACAGCAGUGAAUCCAGCGAACCCUCCUUCACUUCUGCGGCUGAGACUGGUGUGGGGACGCCGCAGGGCUGUUCACUAGGGCUGCCCUGAAGGGGCCACGGACUCAGGGGCUUGAAGUGGGAAAUCGUUUUCUCCCACCUGGAGGCCUGAAGGCUGAGAUCACAGGGCCGCAGCUUGGUCCUCCUUCCUCUCCACGCUGGGGCCGGAGCCCAGGGCCUCACUGCACCACGUCCCAGCCCAGGGCUGGGUUCUCCUGACCUCUCCCCCUGGCUAGCAGCCAACUGCCAUCUCCCUGGGUCCCGCAAAGGUGUCCCCUGGUGUAACUGUGUCCUAAUGUCCUCUUACCAGGACUCAGGUCACAUUGCUUUCGGGCCCACUCCAGUGACCUCACCUUUACUAGAGGAUGAUUAUCCCUGUCUGCACCGCAGGCCCAUCCCAAGGUCCUGGGGGUGGGACCUCAGAGUAUGCAUGGGGCCAGGGGACAGGGAUGUGAUUCAGCCUAGACCUCACCUGAGGUCUAGGUCUCGCUGAGACCCCGCAAUUGCACAUGUUCGGAUGAUUCCGAAAGGAGGUUCAGGGAGCCCGUGGUUCAGACCAGGAGGCUGAGGCCAGGAAAGGGAUGGCUGCCCAGGUGAGUGGCGGGCACAGCCAGGGACAGGGCCAACAGCAGGCCCUGGCCCUUCCUCCAGCGGCAGCCACACUCCUGCCACAGGCCUGAACUGACCUUGGUAUUGCCAAGGGAACCAGCUCCCUGGCCGGCAGGACUGGCCUGGUGGGUGCAGCCUCCCCUGCCACACCCUGGGUGUGAAGAGCGGGCCCUGGAGGCAGCCCC